AUGUCUGUCAAGCGAGUACUGGUCAUUGCAGGCUCCGACAGCUCUGGUGGCGCUGGCCUGGAGGCCGACCAAAGGGUAUUAGCUGCCCAUGGCUGUUAUGCUCUAACAGCUACUACGGGGUUGACUGCGCAGAACACGUUGGGCGUGCAGGACAUUUUCGUCGUCCCAUCAGAAUUCGUGAGAAAACAGAUCAAUGCAGGGCUGGAAGAUGUUGGCACGGAUGUAGUCAAGCUUGGGAUGCUCUCGUCCGCGGAGACAAUUGAUGUCAUCGCCGAGACAUUACAAGCCCACAAAGUUCCUGCCAUUGUGCUUGACCCGGUGAUGGUUUCGACCAGCGGAUCUCAACUCCUUCCGGAAAAAGCUGUUGAAGGUCUCCGACUCAAAUUGCUUCCUAUGACUACCAUUCUGACUCCCAAUAUCCCCGAAGCUCAGCUCCUCAUCAAAGAUUCUGGAUCUGAGGCACAUGAACCGGCAGACAUCAAUGAACUGAUUGAUUUAGCCAAGCGAAUCUGCUCGCUUGGCCCGAAAGCAGUUCUUCUGAAAGGAGGACACCUGCCGUUGACCAAGGACCACAAGGUCGCACGAACCCCUGAGGAAUCGACCACUGUGAUCGAUGUCCUUUAUGAUGGCGAGACUUCAACGACUACUUUGUUUGAGACCGACUAUCUGGUAUCCAAAAACACACAUGGGACAGGUUGCUCACUUGCCUCUGCAAUCUCGGCCAAUCUAGCCAUGGGUAAGGACAUGAUCCGAGCCGUUCGCAGUGCUGUGCGAUUCGUUGAGGCGGGCAUCAAGACCAGUGUAGACUUGGGUAAGGGCAGUGGGCCCAUUAACCACUUCCACUCCAUUUAUACUAUGCCAUUUGCACCUGGCCGCUUUCUCGAGUAUAUCAUGGAUCGCCCAGACGUUCAGGGUGCGUGGGAGAAGUUUACCAAACACGACUUUGUCGAAGGCAUGGGACAAGGUACACUCCCAGUCGAGCGAUUCAAGGAAUAUCUUGUACAAGAUUAUCUCUACCUGGUCCAAUUUGCCCGCAGCAAUGCCCUGGCAUCAUACAAGUCUUCAAACAUGGACUCAAUAGCAGCAUCUGCGCAAAUUGUCCUGCAUAUUAAGCGGGAGAUGUCCCUCCACCUGGAUUACUGCGCUUCCUUUGGGCUUUCAAAGAAGGAGAUGGAGGCUUCAUCUGAGACGAUCGCUUGCACAGCAUACAGCCGAUACAUUCUUGAUGUGGGCCAAUCCGAGGACUGGCUUGCCCUUCAGAUGGCUCUGGCUCCCUGCUUGAUUGGUUACGGUGCUAUUGCCAGGCGGCUACACUCUGACGGAAACACUCUUCGGGAUGGUAACAAAUAUUGGAAGUGGAUUGAGAACUAUGUCGCAGAUGACUACACAGAAGCCGUACGCCUUGGAUCAGCUUUGCUGGAAGGCCACGUGCAAAAGGUGUCGCCCAGUCGCCUGGAGGAGUUAAUCCGGAUUUUCAUCCGGGCUACAGAGCUGGAAAUCAGUUUCUGGGAUAUGGGGCUGAGCGACCAAAAGAAGUGA